GGGUACGGGUUGGUGAGGGUUCUGUCAGCCCCGGUUGGACCUGGCUACUCUAUAUCCCUCCAUAGGAACCCAGUAAUGGGGGGCACACAGUGACGGCUGAAUUGUAGCCACAAGCCCUUAUGGUUAUGGACUGGACCCUAAGGAUAAAGAGACACAUUGGGGACAAGGGGAGACGAUGAGAGAAGCAAUCGGUGCCACUAAACUGCCCCUCAGGAUUCUGGGAUUUCUCUGCCUUUUCCUUCUGCACCAAACAGGGUCAGUUCUGGAGGUGACUGCUCCGUCCCCCCACGUUGCCCAGAAAGGAUCCGACACCCUGAUUCCCUGCACAUUCCGUAUUGAUCCAUUCCCUGCGGAUCCCAAACUCUUGAACAUAAAGUGGAAUUUUAAUGGGCAGAUACGACUGUCGUGCACUGAUAGUGAGGUGAGCACCACGGACCCCCGGUUCUCCUUGAACCCCAAUUCCGCUCUGUUGGGAGAGGCCUCUCUGUCUGUCUCUAACGCUCAGAUAUCCGAUGGGGGGACCUACUCCUGCUCCGUCACUUACGGCACCGAGUGGCAAGAGAAGGAGAUCAGGCUGGAAAUCCAAGCCCCUCCACAGAUAAACAUCACCAAUAAACUGGUUACUGAGAAUAAGGAGAGCACCCUGAGUGCCGCCAUUACUGGGUUCUACCCCGUGGACAUUGACAUUAAAUGGCUCAGGGAGGGGGAGAUACUGGCUGGUGGGACUGAGCUCCCCCCCCAGAGAAAUGCAGAUGGUACAUACCGAGUGACCAGCACAGUGACCAUUGUACCCACCGAGGGGAACAGGAACCAGAUCUUCUCUAUCCGGGUGCAACAUGAGUCUCUCUCUGCCCCAUUACAGGAGGAUUUCCAGCUGCUCUAUGAAGCCGCCCCCAUGAUGAAUAUCAGCCAUGAGCCAUUUUAUGUGAAUGAGGAGCAGACGCUGAUGUGCCGAGUGUGGGGGUAUUACCCAGAAGACAUUGCUGUGAGUUGGUUCCUGAAUGGAUCUCGGGUGGAACCCUCAGAGAUAAAGAGAAUUAACAGUUCUGCUCUGGAGUUGCCCUACCGGUUCCUCCCAACAGCUGAGAGUCAGGGGAUGGAGAUCUCUUGUGUGGUGGAACAUCGGGCCCUGACGGAACCUCUUGUGCAGUCACUGAAGGUAGAACUGACAGAUGCUGAAUGGAGUCUCACUAAACGAAUAGUAGUAGGAAUUCUUAUUUCACUUGUGGCCGCACUUUGCUUGGGUUUUGUGGUUCUGAAACUAAAGGGAAGAUGUUGUUCAGCCACAGGGAAUAGAAGAGGGGCCGAACAACCAACUGAACUUCAGCCUCUGAGCCCCCCCCGGGCAGCGGACCAACAACGUUCACGAGCGACACAGAAUGAAGACGAUGAAUGUUCUCAGGAAGAAAUUUCAUCCAGGGACCCACAAGAACUAAUGGCAACGUCCAAUGGGGCCCAAGAAGGUUCCGAAUCAGCAGCGGCAGAAACUCAGAGAGACCAGGGAACCCACCCACCCAGUGAGGAAGAGGAGAACGUGGGGGGAGGAGACCAAGAAUCAGGUGACUGACAGGAAGAUCAGGGGCGGGGCUAUCGUCUGAAUAUAAAGGGGAACUCUCCCCGGCACAUUAUAUUUCUGUAACAGGGAACCAAGUGAGAUGUGAAGUUAAUUGGUACUGAAACAUUUUAUUAUUAUUAUUAUUAUUAUUAUUAUUGUUAAAUGUAAAUGAGAAGACUGCCAAACCUACUAUGGCUACCUCCAAAAUGCAGACCAAACAGCCCACCAAUAUUGCCAACGACCAAGUUAAUUCUGAAUAACUGGGACACACUUAAUAAAAAGGGGAAAAUAGGAAAACCACUUUCCCCAAUAACUCCAAUUGACAACCUGCAAAACUGGACUAACAAAGGCAUAACCACAAUUGCAGACUUAUACUCUAUCCAAACCUACCAAACGUUCCAACAACUGCAAAACAAAUACCAACUUCCGGAUAAAGAAUACUUUACAUACCUGAGGAUUACAAAUUUUAAUCACAAAAACACACAGGAAUACAAAAAGAAACGAGUCGAGCAACUAUGCAGAAUAGCAAAAAACGGACCUAGAGGAAUAUUAUCUGCUUGCUACCAAUUCCUCCUAGAAAUGCCUCCAGAGCACAAACACACAUUCAUGGAAAGAUGGGAAAAUGAACUACAAAUAGAACUAACACAGGAACAAUGGUCAAAGAUUUUGACAGUAACCACAGGAGCUACAAGGGGCACGAACCAUCUGGAAGCAUACAAAAAAUGACUCUACAGAUGACACCUAACCCCAACCAAAAUAAACAAAAUAACAAAUACUCAUUCCCCUCUCUGUUGGAGAGGAUGUGGUCAACAAGGGACACUCCUACAUAUGUGCUGGUACUGCCCACCAGUAAUGGAACUCUGGAAACAAGUGUUCAAACUAAUAAUGAUAGACCUUCAAAGACCAAUACCGCACAAACCGGAAACUGCCCCGCUGGUACAUCUUCCAGAAAAAACUUCACCUCCAUGGAAGAAGCUUCUAUUCCAAAUAUUCAAUACCGCAACAACGCACAUAGCGAGAUAUUGGAAAAUAGGAGGAGCCUACGACAUAAACCAAAUUAAACAAGGACUAAACACGAGGGAAGCAAUGGAAAAAAUCGCUGCCAGGAACGAAAACAAACAAGAACAAUUUGAAGUGACUUGGGGCCCAUGGCUCGAGUACCAAAAUAAAAGAGUAGGCCACAAUGCACCUGAUGGCAGAUUCACACCGAUAGGCUGAAAUAUAUUGCCUUACUGGCUAAUAACCAAUACAAGAAAACUAAAUAUUAAACUAUUAAGAGGCAAACCCGGUGUCUAUACAAAAAACGAUACUGUUUUAUAAUAAUGUUUAUAGAAUAUUUACGUAUGUUCUUCCCUUUGUUACUCCUUUUCUUUCUCACCCUCACUUGGGUAACGCAAGGAAACCACUACGACGACAAAUAAUGUUAAAGGGAUAAACCAAAACAAAAGAAAUGUGUUAACAAUGUUAAUUAAGAUGAAAAGAAAAGAAAGAGUGUCAAGAAUGUGAUAACUAUGCUGUAUUGAAAAAUAAAAAGAAGUUAAAAAAAAAAAUGUAAAUGAGAAGGAAAGUGGGGGGGAGACAAAAAUUAGGCUCCUCCCAGUAAUUAUAACUACUUACCUGAUACCCCUGGCUGGUGCGCCUGUUAGCAGAAAACUGCCCCGGCCCAGGGUACUUCUGUAGGGGCAACAUGUUGCAAUCGUCUCCUGAAUCUUCAGUCUUCUCUUCGGCCAAAGCCCGGGGUGCCGACCCAGUAGAAUUGGUACAGCCGGAUUCUUCUCUUAGCCCUACUGUACCUGCACAACUGGACCAGAACCAAAACAAGAUGGAAGAAGCUAAAGAAGAUAAUAAUUCCCUGUAGAAGUGCCCCAGGCCCGGGCAGUUAGGGCAUGUUAGUGAUAAACAUGGGAUUCAUGGGAUUGUGCAAUGUUACAGGGAGAAUAUCCACAAUUUAUCCCUUCAUGUUUCUCCAUUUGCUUUGUGUCGGCAGCGGAACAGGGAGAAGAACCAGAGUGAGUGGGACAGUACAGAACCUACAGGCCUCUGCUAUGGGGGAACCUGAGGGAUGGGGAAGAACAGAGACAUGGGGCAGAUAUGGGAAAUAAAUACAACAAUGACAGAUUCAUAACAAGGUGCCACAUCCAACCCACACUCAUGCCCAGUCUAACCAGUCUAAUCCCUACCUCUUGCACAAACCCAUCAAACACAGGUAGUGGGGCACUGCUGGGGGUAACACUGAAUCAGAAGAUUCAGGGAUAGGGACCUUAGAUUGUAAGCUCACUGGGGCAGGGACUAAUGUGAAUUUGAUAGGGGCCUUAGAUUGUAA